AUGUUAUCAUUAUUUUCAGUACUCAUGAAUUGUUCUACAAAAUGUAAGAAUUUUGAUUUAUCAUUCAUUUUAGAAGGAAAUUCACAACAACCAGCAACAACAACUUCAACAACAACUACUACAACGACUACUACAACGACUUCCACAACAACUACUACAAGAACUACUACAACGACUACUACAACGACUUCUACAACGACUUCCACAACAACUACUACAACUACUUCCACAACAACUACUACAACUACUUCCACAACAACUACUACAACUACUUCCACAACAACAAGUACCAGUAAGUAAUAGGCCAAAUAGUGAAAUACUCUUUUUCUACAGCAAUUUACUGAAGAAAUUUUGAAUAUUUAUAAAUUUUUGACCUUUAUAUAAAAUAAGCUCGUUCAAAUAAGUUGAAGUUCAACUUUGAAUAUUUAGAAAAAACGAUGAUACGUUAUUCCCUCGACUGAAGGAAGGGUCAUAUGAAAAAAAGUAGUUUGUCCGUUUGCUUGUCGCAAUGUCAAAAACCACCCACGGUGAACUUUUGAUAAAAGUUCAAGAAAGUAAAUCGAGAUCGGAGAAUCCGAAUUGAAAGUCAGCUUUUCAAAAACUCAAAAAGCUAUUUGUAUAAAAAGAAAUCAUACUUUUCUCUCUGAAUUAUUGUCUAAGGAACAAGCCAAUUCUUUUGAGAAAAAGUCAUGUGAAAAAAAGGGAAACUCGAAAUAUGAGAAAUCCUUCUGCGUAUUUCGAAUAUAUGACUGCUGUUUAGUUUCAGUACCUUCUUCACAGUAUCGUUGUAGGCGUGGGUCGGAGUAUGACCUAGUGCGACGAGUGUUUCAGUAAGUCGUAGCGUGAUGAAAUAGUGUUUACACACCAAUGGCACUCAGUCUAAGGCGUACGAUAUUGAGUAAUUCCUGUUUAUCAACAGUGGUUUCUAAAUCAAAUAGCUUUUUCUAUACACUCUCCUUAAGUUGAGAGAAGUAGCAUUAAAAGAAUCUUGUAAGUGAAGUUACAGCCUAUAGGGUAAAUACAGAAUAACCAAUGAUUGUUUUAAUGUAUUUCAAUAAUACAGCAAGUGACUGUGAGCAAGGCCUGAGAGAAGUGCUGGCAAACGACUGGCCGCAUAUAUGGCAAACGUAUUCUACUGUUGUUUAAUAAAAGAUCUAUGUGAAACCUACAUUUAUCAAGAAUAACCAACUAUGAUUCUCCCAAUCAGGAGCCCUAAUAAAACUUUAAUGUAUUGGCUAAACAAUUAGGUUAACGAAAUUAGGAAUAAAUAAUAGGAAAGUGUUGGUUCGGAGCAGCUCAUAUGGAGCGAUCGCGUUAUAAAUCUAACGGAUUUUCUAAAUAAGAGCAAUCUGACAAUUGAUAGAGUUUAAGUGAAAAGAAGUAUCUUAGAGUAGAAUGAGAUCACAGGUGACAGUAGCUAGCCGCGAGUGAAGUUUCGAAGGGGCGUCGACAAGCGACUAGCUGCUGCACUUGAACGUUACUUUAUGAAGCGCAUUAAAUUAUAAGAAUUCAAUGGGAAAAUGUGAACGUGUUAGAUUUGAUAGGUUUCAGUAGGAACUUAAAGUGAUAAAAAAGGAGAAAUAUUUUCCUAUGUAUUAUGAGAGCAGUUUUUCUGUAAGAAUAGAAGAUAUAGGAACAUUUUAUAGAUAGAAAACAUCAUUAAAAUAAUUUAAUUCGUUCUAUCGAAAACGAAUUCGAAUGGAAAAGAAUGAGUUUUUCUGUUCGUAUAUAUUUGUGUGGAUUCAGAAUGUGGAUUUGCUGAAGUAGAUGAUCAGCUAAUUCAGUAUAUGUGGUUUUUGAUUUUGCGUAAAUGUGUGAAAAAGAAGAGAGUCAUUGGAAAUUAUGUGAUUGUUUCGGUCUUA